GCAGAUAAACAGCAGCAUCUCGGCUUCCAUGCUGGUCGACCCUUUCAUAUUCACUACUACAGUGUCCUGUCACUUCGGCAGCGCGCUUCAUGAUCUCGCGAGAAAAGACGUGAACGCUGCAACAAGACAACCAAAAUAAAUUGUGGACAACAGUUCGGAGUGAACGAUGGCGGCGUCGCUGCUACGCCGGGAUAAGAAAGCUACAGCCGCUCACUUAAAAGCAGACCUCAAUCGGACUGACAACAGCUCUGGGGUCCGGCAACUUCAGGAACUGCUGGAUAAUGUUCUUAAUCCGGAGAAACCGGCGACGGACACCGAGGCCCUGGACUGGUGUAAAUCCCUGCUGGCAGGAGGGGACGGGUUCGAGGAGUUCUGCAAAACCGUCCGCUCCUAUGAUAACGCUACGCUCUGCGGCUUGGUCUGGACUGCUAAUUUUGUAGCAUAUCGCUGUCGGACCUGUGGCAUUUCGCCGUGCAUGUCACUCUGCGCUGAGUGCUUUAAUAACGGCGACCACACCGGACAUGAUUUUAAUAUGUUUAGGAGUCAGGCUGGAGGGGCCUGUGACUGCGGAGACAGUAAUGUCAUGCGAGAAAGUGGGUUUUGCCGAAGACAUCGGUUAAGAACCGGAGAGAAUGUUCCAUCAGUUCCUAGAGAUCUACUGCUCAUGUCUGAGAUGGUGCUUCCUCGUUUUAUUAUCAACAUAAUACAGUACCUGAGAGAUGGCUACACAGAGUCAGAAUCCACCACAGAGAGAGAUCUGCAGAAGGUCCUUCAGCAGCUAGAGCCUCAGAUUUCUUUCCUAGAAGACCUCACUAAAAUGGGUGGAGCCAUGCGCACAGUCCUCACAAAGAUCUUAACCAAUCAGCAGACCUUUAAAGAACUCAGCAUGGGCCAAGAGGAGAAUGUGUAUGCCAAGAGAAAUUAUGAGAAGUACCUGUCAGCACUCAAGAAUUCUGGCCUGGUGUCUGCAGAGGAUAAGGGGUCGGUGGGGGCAGCGGCAGGGGCAGCAGACUCUUCGGCUGGCGGUGGAGCACUUGGUUUACUGGGGGCCACUGCAGCAGUCAGCCCAAAUGAAGAAAAUAAAGAGGAGGAACAGGAUGGAGGGCAGAGUAUAGGCCAGAGAAAGAGAGUAAAGCUGAGUAGCAGUACCAAAGAUUCGUCUAUAAUGGACGUUCUAAAACAUAAAUGUUUUUUAGAAGAGUUAUUGUUUUGGACUAUUAAAUAUGAGUUUCCACAGAAGAUGGUUACUUUUCUACUCAACAUGUUGCCAGAUCAAGACUAUAAGAUCACUUUCACUAAAACAUUUGUCCAGCACUAUGCCUUUAUCAUGAAGACUCUGAUGAAGAGCCAUGAAUCAGACACAAUGUCCAACCGAAUAGUUCAUAUCAGUGUGCAGCUGUUCAGUAAUGAAGAGUUGGCACGUCAUGUCACAGAGGAGUGCCAGCUGCUAGACAUCAUGGUCACCGUACUGCUCUACAUGAUGGAGAGCUGCCUUAUCAAGAGUGAGCUGCAAGAUGAAGAGAACAAUCGUCAUGUGGUGGUGAACUGUGGUGAAGCCUUGUUAAAGAACAACACCUACUGGCCUUUAGUUAGCGACUUUAUUAAUAUUCUCUCUCACCAAAGUGUAGCCAAGCGGUUUUUGGAGGAUCACUCUCUGCUCAUGCUCUGGAUGAGCUUUGUCUCCUUUUUUCAAGGAAUGAAUCUGAACAAGAGGGAGUUGAACGAGCAUGUGGAGUUUGAAUCACAGACAUACUAUGCGGCUUUUGCUGCUGAACUAGAAGCCUGUGCCCAGCCUAUGUGGGGACUGCUUACACACUGCAAAGUCAAAGAAACACAGGAUUACACCAAAACAGUUGCACGCUACUGCUUGGAGACUUUACAGAUAUGGUUUGAUGCCAUUGGCUUUGUUGAUGAGCCGGCUCCCAAUCAAAUAACAUUUCAUUUGCCAUUGCACCGCUACUAUGCCAUGUUUCUUAGCAAGGCAGUAAAGUGUCAGGGGCUAGACUUGGACAGUCUCCUUCCUGACCAAGAAAUGCUGAUGAAGAUUAUGGUGCAUCCUUUACAGAUUCAGGCAUGUCUGUCUGAGAUUCACAGUAACAUGUGGGUGAGGAAUGGUUUACAGAUCAAAGGGCAGGCUAUGACGUAUGUCCAGUCACACUUCUGCAACUCUAUGAUCGACCCAGACAUCUUCCUAUUACAGGUGUGUGCAUCGCGACUAGAUCCAGACUACUUUAUUUCUUCAGUGUUUGAGAGGUUUAAAGUAGUGGACUUGUUGACGAUGGCAUCACAGCACCAGAAUGCAGUGCUGGAUGCAGAGCAGGAAAGACCCAUGUUGGAGGGGGCGCUUACUUUCCUUGUCAUAUUGUGCAGCCUUCGCAUACACCUGGGCAUGACUGAUGAUGAGAUACUAAGGGCAGAAAUGGUCUCCCAGCUGUGUAUGAAUGACCGCACACACAGUUCUCUUCUUGAUCUUAUCCCAGAGAACCCAAACCCUAAGAGUGGGAUAGUGCCUGGUAGUUGUAGCUUUGAGGAGAUGCUGUCUGCUGUUGCUGACUUUAAAGCUCCAGUAUCUGAACCUGGUGGCUCCAUGCAGCAGGGCAUGUACACACCCAAAGCGGAGGUUUGGGAGAAGGAGUUUGACCCCAUCAUGGUGAUUCUGCGCACAGUUUAUCGGCGAGACGUCCAGUCAGCAAUGGAUAGAUACUCAGCAUUUUUGAAGCAGUCAGGUAUUCACACCGGCAACCCCUGGCCUCCGUAUAAGGAGAGGACACCCCUGCACCCAUGCUAUAGAGGACUAGUUCGACUGCUGCAUUGCAAAACUCUACAUAUCGUCAUUUUUACCCUGUUGUACAAGAUCUGGAUGGACCAUCAGAACAUGUCAGAGCAUGUGCUGUGUAUGGUGCUUUAUUUGGUUGAGUUGGGUUUGGACAACCAUGCACAGGAAGACGAGGAGGAUGAAGAACCAUGUAUUGAGGAGCACUGCCAUGACAGCUGGUUCCCGGGUACCAGCCUGCUCUCCAAUCUGCACCAUGUUAUCAACUUUGUACGGGUGCGAGUGCCUGAGACAGCCCCAGAAGUGGAAAGAAAAAGAGAACGGGAGAGAGAAAGGGAAAGGCAGAGAGAGACGCCUCCCAGCACCAGCACUGACUCCUCAACCUUUGGACAGAACCUGCGUGAGGCUCAGCUGUUCAGUCUGGUGGCAGAGCGCAGGAGAAAGUUCCAGGAGAUUAUAAACCGUAAUAACCAUGAAGCGAACCAGGCUGUGCGGCCAAAGUCUUCCUCACGUUGGCUUCCUCCAGGCUCUCCCCCUCAGAUGGUCACUGAGAUUCUAGAGAUAAGGGAAAGCAUGCUGUCCCUGCUGGUCAAACUGCACCAGAAACUGUCAGCCAAGCAAAACUCGCUAACUCCGAGCUGGCUGGAGGAGGCCGAGUCUGCACACCAUACACAUGGAGAUGGCAUCACUGCCAUCGAGAGGAUUUUGGCUAAAGCAGCAUCACGCAGCAGACAUAGCAAAAGAUGCCUGCAGGAGAUUUGUGGCAAAGUGUGUCCACCCGUGCCUCUUAAAAAGAACAGCCCAGGAGACAAGAAGAGCAUGGAUAAAGAAGAGAGGCGGCAGAGGGCCAGAGAGAGACAGCAAAAGCUCUUGGCUGAAUUUGCCUCCAGGCAGAAAAGCUUCAUGGAGACAGCCAUGGAUGUUGAAUGUCCUGAAGUGGAGGCGGCAAUGGAUGUGAGCUCAGCCGAGCCUCUAGACACUGAGGUUCUCUAUGACUGUGUAAUAUGCGGCCAGAGCGGCCCCUCUACUGAAGACAGACCUACUGGAUUGGUGGUGCUAUUACAGGCAUCCUCAGUGUUGGGGCAUCGUUGCUGUAGUGAUCAGGCAAAGCAGCUCCCCACAAGUGAUGACGAGCAGAUCUUUCCUGAUGACACGUGUGGGGCAACUAACGACGUUAGACUAGCACUUAUGCAGCGUUACUUUAAAGAGAGUUCCUGUCUGCAGUCAGUGUCUAUUGGAUGGGAUGGGGGUGUGUAUGUGCAAACUUGUGGUCAUACAUUGCACAUAGACUGCCACAAGUCCUACAUGGAGUCUUUACGGAAUGACCAGGUGUUGCAGGGUUUCUCGGUGGAUAAGGGCGAGUUCACAUGCCCUCUGUGCCGCCAGUUUGCUAACAGCGUCCUGCCCUGCAAGCCGGGCCGUGGUACGGAGGCAGGCGCCUGGCACAUACCCACUAACAAGAACUUAGCAACACUAGUGAAAGAGGUGGAGGAUCUCCAAGACCAGUUGACCAUCUUUCCCGUAAGCACAAGUACGGAGUCUAACCUGACAAGGGAGAUGGAAUCUGUGAUUAAAGACAUAAAGAAUGCCACACAGAAAAAGUACAUGGACUAUGGCAAGAACCCUGGCUCCCCUGAUAAUGACUUCCUGUUCAUGUACUCAGUGGCCAGGACAAAUCUUGAGUUGGAGUUGGUUCAUCGUGGUGGGAACCUGUGCAGUGGGGGGGCGAGCGCUGCAGCUAAACGAUCCUGUCUCAAUCAGUUGUUCCAUGUAUUAGCCAUGCACAUGCGCCUGUACAGCAUCGAUUCUGCUUAUAAUCCUUGGAUUCGACUCACACAGAUCACCCAGCACAGAGAGUCAGAAUAUGAGGAUGAAGAGCAUCCCGAGGUUCCAAUGCUGUUCAGAGAUGUCCCAUCACUACUUAUCAUCUUUGUACUGACAAUGCCUCAGCCACUACGCAAAGAACACUUCACAUCAGUUGUGAAGGUGCUAUACACUCUGUUGUAUACUCAGGCCUUGGCUGCUCUGUCCAUUAAACUUAGCCCAGAGGAGAGACUAGCCUGGAGCAACAGCGGAGUAGCCAAGAAGAACUUGCCAAAUUCUGAGAAAUCAUGGGAGGCACUUCUCAGCCAUGUGAUCGGUGAGCUCACCAUUGCCAAAGGGGUCUAUGACAACAAACCUAAUGAGACCGUGUUAAGUUCGAGUGUAUGGUCUCCUCAAUCUAUAGAGUUUACAUUGCAGCAAUUCUGUUUGCCCUUCAUGCGUCUGUCAUGUCUUCUUCAACAUCAUCUCUAUGGGGACAGUUUACCUGGCUGCUUGCUGGAGGAGGAAUUCUUAUUGCUGGCUGGUGGUUUGGGUCUGCUGUCUGCCUCAUUUCAGCCCAGCACCUCCAUGAACAGUGCAGCAUGCCUGGAAUGGAACAUCAACGCAUUUGAGCUCAUCUCUCAGUGGUGCUCUGAGCUCAUCAGCCUGACAGACUCACCGUCACAACAGUCUAUGUCUCUGUUGGCGCAAGACACUCAGUGGUCAGCUCCUCGUUUGCUGCAACUUCCUGACAACUACAACACUAUCUUCCAGUACUACCACAGGAAGUCCUGCACCAUGUGCAAUAAAACGCCUAAAGACCCAGCUCUGUGCCUUGUGUGUGGAGCAUUCGUCUGUCUCAAGGGCCUGUGCUGCAAACAGCAGGGUGUCUGUGAGUGUGUGCUGCACUCUCAGCACUGUGGAGCUGCAACAGGAAUCUUUCUUCUAAUAAACGCCUCUGUGAUCAUCAUUAUUCGUGGUCAUCGUUUCUGUUUAUGGGGUUCUGUUUAUCUAGAUGCACACGGAGAGGAGGACAGAGACCUACGUCGUGGCAAGCCUCUGUUCCUGUGCGAGGAAAGAUACCGUGUGCUGGAGCAGCAGUGGGUGUCGCAUACCUUCGACCAUAUUAACAAGCGCUGGGGUCCCCACUACAAUGGACUUUAACACACAACCCCAAACUCAGAGGAGCCAGAUCACAGUGGGCAUCAGUGCCAGCCUCCCGAUCUCCUUUUGAUAUAUGCUGUCAUGUAAUAUAAAAACAAUGCUGUGAGUGAAUUGCUGCUACAGCCUUGGUUAUGUGAAGUUUAGUGUACAAUCAUGCCUAAUGACUAACAGCGUGUGUGUGUUUUUAAAUGAUUUCUGGUGGAUUUGAGAGGGGAAGAGAUUUUAUCCUUGUUUUUGGGACUGGCUCACAGUGAAAGCACAAAUUUAGCCCAAUCCUGAACGCAUUUAUUUGAGUGAUGUUUGUGCACACUUCUCAAAAACAUGCUACUGUUUCUGCAUUGGAGAGUAAAACUCCAUGGACACCUGCUGUCUGAAGCUUAAAGAAAAUUUUUACAAGUCCACAGCCUACUGUAUAAGUGGACAUCUCGGCCAUUGUAAAAAAAACACAAGGAGGUUGGCUUCUCUUAACCGUGAUGUAAUGGACGUACCAAACUGGCACCAGGCAUCCUCAAACAUCAUAAACCUAUGACAAAUUCAAUGAGUUGUCACCCUACAUGUUCAUAGCUCAGGCCUUUAAAUGCUUGUAUGGGGUAAAAGUUUUGUUUAAAUGCAAUGUUCCUUGUUCCACAGAAAUCUUCACUGAAUGGUAGAACAAUAAUUAAGUGCCCAUCGAGCCCUAGUUGGAUUCAUCCUCAGGAUUUUUUUUUUUUUGUAGUUAAAAAAAGGAACUUUUUAAUAUUUAAAUUAUUGAUGCUAUUUGAUGUUGAUAGUUAUAUCAUUGUGCAAAUGAUUUAAGGUUUGGGCAGAGGGCAAUGUGGUGAUCAGUUUGCAAACUUUGUGUGGCAGAGGCUGCAGAGAUGGUGUGCAGCAACCUUGCCAAUUACAGAGCAUUUUUUUUGCCGUCCGAGUAAAUCACAGUAGUACGGGAUAAAACUUGGAGUAAUCAUUUUUUUACAUGAAUUGGCAGCAGGUCAUAUAAACAGUAAUCCUAGUAAUGAUGUGUAGUAAUAAUGUUUUGAAGAGGCAUUCGGAAUUGCUUUAUUCAUCCCAAUCAAUAACAAAAACAUUCUUUUAUUGGCUAAUCCCACAUUAAACUUUAGGUUUUAAAUUUAUAGGUUAUAAAUUUAUAAAUUUAAUCCCACAGUAUAUAAAACACUCAUGUAAAAUGUUUUUAUUAAAUGCACUUAAUUUGGAUUGAGUUUAUCCGCAACAAUAUAAUUGUACUUGCAUAAAGCGAUCCAUAAUGCAAGGGGAAACCAUCUGUCAUUUUCAUGUUUCCAUAGUCCUCCUUGUUCCGGUUCUGUUUAGAGUUAAACAAAUAUUUCAAAGCAUCAGGUUAAGAGCAUUAAGGUUAUAGACUUUGUAACAGUUUUAACUAAAUCAAUUGUCGAAUAGAGAACAAGGCAAAUAUUAUGAAUUUAAAUUAGAAAAAAAAAGACUCUGGUAAAUUAUUUUCCAGUGGCCAGGAUUUAAAUCGGGCCUCGCAAAGUUGUAAUCAGUAAUGACAGAAUGUAGUUAAGUGGAUUUUUUUUUUUAUUAUUAUUAUUAAUGUCUCGCCCCCUUGAUAUGGUCUUGUUUAAUACACAUGGAAACUAUUUCAUAAUAUUUAUUAUAAGAUGUUUUUGUAUGGUAUAUAAAAGAUAUUCACCUGUGACAAGUUUUAGUUUCUUUACAUUAUUUAAAUAAGUUCUGUUGGUAUGUUUCUUACUCCUAUGAGCUUUCUCUCAGAAACUGACAAUAGUCAUAAUUGAGUGAUUGUCACACACGAUUUAGAAUGCAAUCUGUUCCAGGCUUUAAAACAGGAUUGAGGAUUUCAGUGCUGUGUAUUUUUAUUUUUUCCCCUUUCACUCAGUCCCCGUUUUAAGUCUGUUAUAUUUAGAAGGAGCCACAGAUGAACACCGAAAAAGCAUGUUUAGGUUUUGUUCACCAUAUUAUCGAGUAUUGAUUCUCAGUGCUGCACUUACACAAUGCUGGAUGGAUGCCAGGGACUCAAAUUCUUAGUUUCCCGUCGUUCUUCUGUCUUGACAUUUUGCAUGCUGCUGUUUUUCUUCUUUUUAUUUUCUCUUUUUCUUCCACAGCCCAAAUAUUGUAUAAUUGGAGUUUUUGAGUAAUGGGUAUAUAUUGGAAUGGAAAGCUGCAGUGUGUGUGUGUGUGUGUGUGUGUGUGUUUGUGAAUGAGAGGAGAGUGACUGAGGCAGAAAUACAGUACAUUACUGUAGGUGCUGAUUCAAACCUUCAGAUUGCAAAUCAGAAAGGGUGGCAGACAUUUAAUGCAACAUGUAACAUAUGUGAAUAAAAUGUAACAAUACUCA